GUGUUCAUGACGGACUGCCUCGCGUCUCAUUCGAGCUGCUCGGUUUUCAUCCCGCGCGUGUCACGGUGCCGUUCAGCAAACUUCAUCUGGAGUGAAUGAAGAAUACGCGCACGCCUCUGGGAUUACAACUGAUCCAUGAAUCGAGACAGGUGCAGGACGUGAAAAGAUGAAUCGUUCAAACGGAAAACUACACAGACGCACGCGACUCACCUCUCUCGAAUGACGUCCUUGUUAAUUUAUGAGAUUUUCCGUUCGUCGCCGACUGCCCGUUCAUCACUUCUCUCUCAUCCCGUCGCUUUCUGUUCAGCUCAACGUUCGCGCAAAAUGGAAAUCUGAAGUAAUUCACUUUCACGGUUUCUCGACUGACAGAAAAAGGUCCCAGGAUACGUGAAUUGCCACUGUGUCCUCUGGCUGGCAUCUGGUGUCCAUCCCCUCUCCACACGGCCUCAGACUCCAGGAACCUGCCGCCACGUCAAUCACGUCCUCACAGCUGGCUGCAGGGCGGCCCUCGUGGCCGGGAUGCCACUGUGUACCCUGCCAGUCGGCGGUGGAUGCUGAGGGGCAAGAGCUGCCCACCCAGUGCAGGGGGCACAAGAAUAAUCACCCCGACCACGAUAUGAAUCUCUGUUGGAACGAGAUCAAGCGCAAAUCCCACAACAUCAGGGUACGGCUGGAGGCCUUUUCCGACAACAGCGGGAAGCUUCAGCUGUCACUACAGGAGAUCAUCGAAUGGCUGACGGCUAAAGAUGAGGAGCUGUCCGAGCAGCUGCCUAUAGGUGGCGAUGUUGGGGCAGUGCAACACCAGCGAGAGUUCCACCAGGUUUUCAUGGAAGAUGUCAAAUCCAGAGGGCCCUACAUUUACUCAGUGUUGGAGUCUGCACAGACCUUUCUGGCACAGCACCCUUUUCAAGAGCCAGAGGAAACGCUGCCUGAUGGCAAAGAGACUUCUCCUCGUCGGCGAAUGCUUAAUGUAAGUCGAUCUGUCUGGAAGCAGGCCAACGUGGCCAGUGACCUAUGGGAGAAACUGACAGCGCGCUGUGUGGACAGACAUCGGCACAUGGAGAGAACCCUGGAGAGGCUGCUUCAGAUUCAGGCUGCCAUGGAGGAGCUGGACGCUGCACUGGAGCAGGCGGAGGGGGUGCGAGACGCUUGGGAGCCUGUGGGAGACCUGUUCAUUGAUUCACUGCAGGACCAUAUAGAUGCUACUAAGCUGUUUAAAGAAGAGCUGGCCCAGGUGAAGGAAGGUAUGAAGCACAUUAAUGACCUAGCGCACCAGUUGGCCAUAUCAGACGUGCACCUGUCCAUGGAGAACGCCAGAACCCUGGAGCACCUCAACAACAGAUGGAAACUUCUGCAGGGGUCCAUUGAAGAACGUCUGAAGCAAUUGCAAGAUGCCCACAGAGAUUUUGGCCCCGGAUCACAGCAUUUUCUUUCCAGCUCCGUGCAGAUUCCUUGGGAACGUGCCAUUUCCCCAAACAAAGUGCCAUACUACAUCAACCAUCAGGCCCAGACAACCUGCUGGGAUCACCCAAAGAUGACUGAAUUAUAUCAAGCUUUGGCGGACCUGAACAACAUCAAGUUCUCUGCAUACCGGACGGCCAUGAAGCUGCGGCACGUGCAGAAGGCUUUAAGAUGUACGUACAGAGAAGCACAUCUCGCUGAGAGUCACGCCGUGGACCUGCUGAAGCUGAGCAGCAUGGUGGACGUCUUUCGAGAACAGGAACUUAUGCAGAGCGAACACGUGAUGGAUGUGGUUGAGGUCAUUCACGCUCUCACCUCCCUGUACGAGAGAUUAGAGGAGGAAAGGUCCGUUCUGAUCAACAUCCCCCUUUGCGUCGACAUGUGCCUCAACUGGCUGCUGAACGUUUAUGACAGUGGGCGUAAUGGUAAGAUGCGGGUGCUUUCCUUCAAGACAGGCCUGGUGAUUCUAUGCAACGCAGACAUCCAGGAAAAGUAUAGAUAUCUUUUUCGACAGGUGUGCGGUCCAGGUGGGCUGACAGAUCAGAAACAUCUAAGUCUGCUGCUUCAUGAGGCUAUUCAGAUCCCUCGGCAGCUAGGGGAGGUGGCAGCCUUUGGGGGGAGCAACAUAGAGCCCAGUGUCCGUAGUUGCUUUCGAAUGGUUCCUGGUAAGUCGGCCAUUGAGGUGUCACACUUCCUAGAGUGGAUGAGCCUGGAGCCCCAGUCAGUCGUUUGGCUUCCUGUUCUGCACCGGGUGACCGUAGCUGAGACAGCCAAGCACCAGGCACGCUGCUACAUCUGUAAACAGUGUCCUAUCAAAGGCUUCAGAUACCGAAGUCUCAAACAGUUCAACGUGGACAUCUGCCAGACGUGUUUUCUUACAGGCCGCACAAGCAAGGGCAAGAAACUCCACUACCCUAUCAUGGAGUACUACACCCCGACAACCUCAGGCGAGAAGAUGCGGGACUUCGCUAAAACGCUAAAGAACAAGUUUCGCUCGAAGCAGUAUUUUAGUAAACACCCUCAGAGGGGAUACCUGCCCGUCCAAUCAGUGCUGGAGGUGGAAAGCUCUGAGACGCCUUGCUCAUCUCCCAGACUGCCUCACGCGGACACACACAGCCGAAUUGAGCACUUUGCCAGCAGGUUGGCAGAAAUGGAGAACCAAAACUGUUCUUUUUUCACCGACAGUCUAUCUCCGGAUGAAAGUUUGGAUGAAGAUCAGUACCUCCUACGUCACUCCAGCCCCGCCCUCGAGCAGGACUCCCCCCACGGACACCUGCUGGCCCACCUGGACUGCCAGGACAGAGAGGAGCUGCAGCGCACGCUUCACCGUCUGGAGAACGAGAACAGGGUGCUGCAGGGUGAGUAUCGGCGGUUGAAGUGGAAGCACGAGGAAGCAGCAGCAUCGCCCCAGCUUCUGGAUCCGGGGUCACCGGCCGGUCAGCAGGAUGAAGAGCUCCUAGCCGAGGCUCGAGUCCUCCGACAGCACAAGACCCGUCUGGAGACGCGCAUGCAGAUUUUGGAGGACCACAACAAACAACUGGAGUCCCAGUUACACAGACUUAGAGAAUUACUGCUGCAGCCCAAAGAUGACUCGGAUGCCAAUGGCUCUGCUCCAUCCUCUCUGUCCUCUCCGGUGUCAGUAGGUGGCCACCAGGGGGAGGCUGCCAGUAGAGAGACGACAGACACAGAAGCUGCAGGUGAAUACUUGGAUCAUGAGCAAGACACCGUACUGCAACUGCAGCAGGUCAUCGAGCAGCUGAGGAACGUCUUCCCAUCUGAACCAGGUCCAUGAAGAACCUGAAUCUGAACUCAGAGGAUUAUUAUGGUGCAGGUGCCAUUUGCCCCCCUGAUGUUGGCAGGGUUGUGAGUAUGAAGGACUGGAGAGACCGGGGUUCAGAAGAAGCUCCUCUCCGGCCCACCGUUCUCACUCUGCAGCCGAUCCCAAAGAGCCGUGGGAUACCCGAGUGCUAACUAAACAAACUAAUGAUGUUUACAUGGUGCCAGAGGCCCGCACUGAUCCGGACACUGUGCUAACCCGUGUAGUAAUGCAAGGCGUGUGGCUUCAUCAGUACAGCACAAGAACCAACACUCACAUCAUAAUGGGAAAGGGGGAUUGCUAUUGCCUUUACGUACCCCUGUGCCAGCAACUUCUUUGUGUUGUAACUUUAUUUUUUUCAUUUUUCAUUUUAACAUGUAGCCUACUGUUUUUAGUGAAUCACUCACGCACAUAAAAAUGCGCGCACAUACAUACAUACACAUAGCCUUGGCAAUGUGUGGCCCUUGCUCUGUGAAGCAGAUGAAACAGAUUCCUGGGAAGCGCCGGGACACCCGGCAAGCUUAUUUACACUGAAGGAAUGACACUUCUUCAGCAGAAGCUAUCAUUUAUUGAAGAUGCAAAAGCGCCAGUGAGCAUUGUGCUGCUGUUCUCUCAUUUUGGCAUCUAUCUUUAUCUCUUUCACAUGGCACAGCCGUCUACUCUCUGAGUGGAAGUAACUGUCAAACACAUACAUACACAGAUAUACAUAUACACUGAUAAAGUGAUUUUCUUAAUCUGUCAUUUUCAUGUUGUUUUAAAGUACGUAGGUGUCUGAUAAUGAGAGAUUUUUCUUACCCUAUUGAAAAAAAUGUUUAUUAAAUAAUUGUUUUAGGAAAGAAUAGUACUUUAUACACUGGAAAAAAGUGUUGGGUCAAAAAUAAUGACCUCCGACUUGGGUUGUAAUUUAACCUAUGCUGGGUUGUUUCAACCCAAAAGCUGGGUUGUUUCAACUAGGGAUGUACCGAAUAUAUGGCAGCCGCAAAUGGCCCAAAAGAGCAUUUUCAGUUUUCGUCCGAAAGACUUUUAUCACCGAUACAGUACGGCCGCAAUGUUGUGAUGACGCAAACAGAAACCGCGACCUGCAUGUGAUUGUCCGACCAUGGUCGCCACCAUGUUACAUAAAAACGUCUGUUUGGAGCCAAGGCAUGCGCAGAAGGAAUCGUCUGUGGAGCCAGAGGCGGAGCCGCGGUAUCAACUUCCGCCCAAACGUAAAUGUAAAUAUUUUUUUAUUUAGAGCAGAAUCCCACACUGCAAAAAAUACUUUGCUGCCUUAAAAUUUUUGUUGAAUCAAUUUACAAGUCAUUUCAACUUAUUAUUAUUUAUCUUGACUAGAGAUGAGUUGUUAUAACUACAGGUGAGUUGUUAUAACUAAUACAUUUAAGUUGACUUUUCUCAACUAUAUUUUAUAAGUUGUGACAACUAAUUUCUGUUGACAUGACUCGUAAAUCUGAGUUGAUUUAACAAAAAAUUUUAAGGCAGCAAAGUUUUUUUUACAGUGCAUUCAUUUGAAUCGAGAGGGCUGGGUUUAUGACUUGUACUGCAGCCAGCCACCAGGGGGCGAUCAAAGAGCCAUAGGCUUCACUUUUCAAGACUUAUGAGGCACACCCGGUUUGACCACUUUGUUUUUGUUGCAGUUUGUGAAGCCUGCACUGUCUACAGAGACCGUGUUUUUUUACAGUAUGUUCAGAGGACAGGUAGCUAGCAGAUAGUGAGGAGAUGUUUACUGUAUGAAAAAAAAAAUUAAGGUUUUAAACGCGUGAAUUCGCUUAGAGCACCUUUAACUCUUUCCCCGCCAUUGACGAGAUAUCUCGUCAAUCAAUAGAAAACGCUUCCCCGCCAAUGACGAGUUUUUCCGUCUUUCCGCAAUACCGCUAUUAUCCACUAGGUGGCAACUUUUUAAACCCGGAAGUAUUGCCCUAUGGCAAGCGGCUGCAUGUCCGUGUCUGUUUUAAAGAUCGCUCUGAAUGGGAUCUCUAUGAAAAGUCCGUCACAAAAAUUGAAUUAUCUCUGCUUUUUGCUCAAAAUGUGGUGUUUUUGCAGAAACCUACCCAUAUUCAAAAGCUGAUUACAAAAGAACUACUGAAGGUAGGAUGAAACGUUUUUUUUUUUUUGUUUGAAAGCAGAGGGUCUGUUCUUUCAUUUGGUAUAUUGUAUGUUUAUAUAUUUGAAGAAGAACAUUUUCUGGAAGACAUUAAACUUUUGUGAAAAUCAUGAAAAACGCUGGCGCUGGCUGGCAACUUUUUUUAAAAACGUUGGCGGUGAAAGAGUUAAUGUGCAACUUUGUUCUUUUUUAUAAAUGUUUGCAAUUUCUUUAUUUGUUAUUAAAUUUUUCCCACCCCUUUUUUGCUGAUCUGAAAAAUUAUCCGAUCUGUGCCUCAAAAACUGUAAUGUGAUCCGAACCGUGAGUUUUGUGAUCCGUCACACCCCUAGUAAAGUUAGUACACAGUGAUAGCCAUAAUGCAAUGAUUAAUAAUUGGCAUAAUAAUUUCUUUCGGUGUUUCGGUGCAUCCCUAGUUUUAACCCAUUGUUGGGUCAAAUGUAAACAUUUUCUGGGUUAAUUUAACCCAACAUCUGGCCUUUCCCCUUUUUGACCCAAUGCUGAGUUGAAAAUAACCCAGAAUUUUUUAGAACAUACCCGAAUAUGAAAAUUCUCCAUACUUCCUUACUUCAGUCGAAUACAAGCAAAUAGUUUUAUUAAAAUGCUGUCAUGUUAUCUUCUGGAGGGCAAUUUAUAUACAUUUUUUUGUGUUUAGCUAAAGAAAUUUAUUCAAAUACAUCUGGGAUGGCAUGAGGGUGAGAAAAAGAUGAGUGAAUUUUUAUAUUUGGCUGAACUUUAUCUUGAAUUCAGUCAACAGCAUUAGGAAAGAGUAACUUAUAAAGUUUUCUUGUUUUGAAGAGCAUAUUAAACUAAAGCAAAGAUCGAUCCUAACUUUUAUUGAAUCCAGACCUCGAUUAAAGAAUAAAUCAAACAGCAGUCAGGUAAGAGUAGUGAUUUAGACAAAUGAAAUACAAAGCCUAUAGUGUAAGAAAAAUAACCUUUUGGGGGCAGUACAAGUAAAUUAAUCUUGUUUGAGUUUAGAUCAUUUUUACUGUAAAACAAGAUCAAAAUAAAGAUUAAGAAAAUCAUUUUGCGGUGCAGCCAUACACACACACACACACACACACACACACAGGAUUUGUUGAAGAGAUGAGCAGAUUUCUCUGCAAUAGGUUUUCUGGACAGUGAAGGAAAGGCCUCAUGGCGAUGGAGAUUUAUAGCCAUGUUUUGUUGUCAGUGCACUUGCUGUUAAAUUACAGCUGUCCUCUGUGACCACAACAGGAAAGUAGAUACCCUGGGCGACGGCUCCUGCAGGUUCUCACUGGUUCAGAUGGAUGGGGAAGGUGUUUAACACCAGGUCACACCAGGUCUGAAUUCAUUCUAACCCAAACCCAGAUCUUAUGCCUUAAAACUUCACGAACCGACCGGGCGUUCAAGUUUGUCUAGGAGAAUACCAGCCUUAUAUCUCUCCAUAUUAUUGACUUGUUCAUGACCUAAGUGUUUGUUUGUUUUUUUUUGUUUACCAACUGUGCUGUUCUCCAGAUCUCAGCACUUUCGCAAUUGAAGGGUAGGAGAUGAAAGUAAGAAUAGAAAAUUAUGCAGAAGUAGGAGGACAGCAAAUGGAUCACGGUCUUUGUGAAAAACACACAGAAAGGCUUAUUUUGGUAGUGUGAUUUACUGUGCGCUGUCAGAUUUAUAUGACAGGAGAAGAUGCCGGGGGACGUAGAGAGUAAAGAAGAGAAAGGAAUAGGCAGAGUGCAAGGGGGGAACUGAUAUGCCGUGAAAAACUGCAAAUGGGAAAGACAAAAGAGUGUAAAUAUUCACUGUGAUGGGUUGUUGCACUGCAUCCUCUGAAACACGAAUGAGAUUAUUGGUGUUGAGAGAGCUCGAGAUGUUCUCCAUUUGUUUUGGCAAACACGUUAAAGUUAUUAUCCUACGCCGCAGAUGGCAGUUCCUCUUCUCUCCCACUUCAUCAAAAAACAAAGUGACCCCAUCACGGUGUAGGUUUUGCUUUGAAUCCCGCCGCACUAUUCCUGGGAUUUUCUUUCACACGUACAGUGAUCUCAUUUUACAUCAUAGUGGAAAACUGUUUGUUUGUUUUGAUGCAGUUGCUAAAAAAUAAUCUCAAAGGGGACACAGGUCAGGUUGUAUCUAUGUAAAGGUGGGUUGGUUUUGUAAUAGAGAUAAGUCAGAUAAACAUAUAUAUAGAGAGAGAGAGGUUGAGAUUCAGCUCCCCUUCCCACCACGUGCCUUGCCUCUGUUAAACUUGCAUGGCUCUUCAUUACGAUCAACAUCUGGUGUUUCAUUUAUCAUCCGGAUGCUUCAGAACAACUUCAUCAUCAUCUCACAUGUACAAACACACACGUAGAAAUAUGCAUUUCAUUUUACAUUUCAAAUCUCUCUUUAUUUGCUAAAAGAAAUCCCCUUUAAAUCAUUUAAACUUUCAUAUCAUUAUAUUGUAAGAGUGCUAUUGUACUAAAUAUCUGUUCUUUGAACAGGAGUGACUGUCAUUUGUAUGGCCAGUUGUAUUUUAUUAUGAUUUGCCAACAAUGAUCAUUCCAGAUGUAGCCAACAACACAGAUAAGGUUAUACAUUCUUAAAAAUAAAGGUUUGUAUGAAUUUGUACGGUGUAAAUCUUACAAAAACAUAUGAUUAUCAUUAAAAAACUAUAAUGGAACCCCGCCCCUAAUCACAGUUUUACGUGGCGAAAGCAAAUUGUACCAUACAAAUGUGAUUGUAUGAAUUAAUAAGAAUUAGCCUAUAAAAAAUGAAAUAUCUAAAAAAUCUUAAAUAAAGAUGUUUUUUCUUGAUGAGCAAAAUGACCUAAGAAAAUAAGUCUAGUUUUUUAGACAAAAAAUAUUAAAUUUAAGUGAAUUUGUCCUUAAAAAAAGCAAAAAUAUCGGCCAAUGGGGUAAGAAAAAAAUCUUGAAAUAAGUGUACUUUUUUAAAUGCUUAAAGGCACACCAUGGAACUUUUUGGCCAACAGGGGGUGCUAGACAUGUAUUUUUCACAUCUAGCGCCCCUAGAGGCCACAAGCGCCGCAGCACUGUCGCAAAGGAAAAGAAGACAACUCUUUAGGUCACAACGUGUGCCUUUCAGCAUGUCAUGUGUCAAAUAAUAUAAUUUCCUGGGUUUUAUUUUCAUCAAAAUCCCAAAAAAUCGCAUCGCUCACGUUUACAAGCCAGUUGUAACAGUGGUCGCUUGGUUAAAGUUUAUAUUUAAAAAAAUAUUGCCUUAGAGGGGAAUCAAACCCGAAUCACCCUUGUUGUAGGACCACCACGGCGCCACAAUGUCACAUGAUAUAAGUCGAUCCCUAAACUCUCUUUAAUUCACGAAAAAAAUAGUGUUGGGGCCCCAGACAGUACAUAAUAGUACAAAAGCAUGAGGGCCAAGUCAUCAUCGGUCAGAAACCCCUCCUCCUUCUUAAGUUCAUGCCAGGGAGCGAACACUGGCCCAAUAUAAUUGACCCUCGUCCUUCUUUUUAUUCUGUCACUCUCCCAUCAGAAAAAUAAAUAGUGGAGCUCUCACGUCCGAAUUUGAGGAAGUGGAGGAAGUGACGUAUGCUGUAAAGCAGAUUUUCGUAGUUUUUUAUUUUGUGCUCGGGUUACUACCCGAAACCCCAAGUUUAAAAGUACAAGUAAAAGCGAUACAGACCCCGUCAGGCUAUUGUGGACAUGUCAUGCAACCUAUUUAAAGUCAAUGUACCAUCACAAGGGUCUUGAAAUUAUAUUAUGAAGGUUGAAAAACUACAAAGUGUCACUUUAAUUCAAGUACAAUUUUCUCACCCUUAUUGGGAGAUUUGAAGCACACAUUCACUUAAAUUGUAAAUUUUUUCUAAAAACUAUACUUAUUUUCUUAGGUCAUUUUGCUCUUCAAGAAAAUAUAUCUUGAUUUAAGAUUUUUUAGAUUUUCUACUGAAAAAAAGACAAAAAUACUGAGUAAGAAAGUCAUUUUUUUGCAUUGUACAGUGCAGAGCUCAUACAUGGUAGCAAAUCAUGUAGCAUUAGACAGAAAGUUUCCUCUAUACAUGACACAUACAUUGUUUAACCCUUAUCAUAUCAUGUUACUCUGUGUGUUUGCGGGCUGUGUAAAAUUACUGAAGAAAAUGUUUUGUGGGUUAAACAGCAUUGCUAAGGGCUGCCUGGGCUUUAUUUAGCCAUCUGCCUCAUUUACACACUCAUUAUUUUUGUUUGUAUGUACUGUAGCACACUUUUACGUCAUGACACAACAGGGCAUUUACUGUUUUAUCCUCUGACCUUUUAUCAUCAUUACUCAUUAUAACACGUGUUAGAUCAAGUGACCUGAAUACAAACAUUCCAUAUUGUUUUACUUCUCCCUGCGAUAUGUGUGUUGUGUUUUAUUUACCAGUGUGUAAUGAUCUUUUUUUAACAAUGUUCAUGUCCUUUUUUGUUUCAUGUUUAUAAUCUGUAUAAACUGUAUGGGAAAUGAAGGCAUUUUAAAAAUGAAUUAACUGGCUGCUUUCUACUUAUUGUGUACAAAAAAAUAAAUUUUUAUUUGUUAUACA